AUGAGCAGAUAUCCAUAAGUCUUUUUAGAUUUUCAAAUAGGUACUUAAGCAGCAGGGAGAGUUAUCUUUGAAUUGUUCAAUGAUGUGACACCAAAGACAGCUGAAAACUUCAGAGGACUCUGUACUGGCGAAUAUGGUAAUGUGGGUAUGGCAAAAAAAACUAAAAAAUUACAUUAUUUGAAUACAAACGUGUUUAGGAUAGCAGACAACAUGUUGAUUCAAGGAGGAGACAUUAUAAACAAUGAUGGAACUGGGGGUGCUUCAAUAUAUAGUUAAACAUUCGUAGACGAGAAUUUUUCAAGAAGACAUGCCUGUGCAGGUUUGUUGUCUAUGGCAAACAGAGGAAGGAAUACAAAUAAUUCUCAGUUUUUCAUUACUCUAAAGCCAUGUCCCCAUUUGGAUGGAAAACAUGUGGUAUUUGGAUAGGUGAUUGACGGCAUAGAAGUAAUCAAAAGAGUAGGUCAGGUGCCAGUUGAUAUGUAGGAUAGACCAAGAAUUCCAGUUAUUAUAAUUAAUUGCGGUGAGGUCUCAGAAUCUAAAAAUUGGUUGAUUUGUGAUCCUUUUAAAAAGGAGAUUAUGGAUGAAAUUCAUAGAGAUAGAUUAAAGGCAUUAUAUGGAUAAGAAUAUCUGGAUGAGUUGGAUAAGGAGGAAGAAUAAAAACUAUAGGCCUUGAAUCCUGAAAAGUUUAAGUAAUAAAGUCUAGAAAAUGAGGAGGAAAGCAAUAAGUAAUUGUUGGUCGAAUAGUUACUAUAGAAAACAACAGAAGACUAGGAAUAAGAAGAUGAUUCAUAAGAAAAUUUGGACUAAUUUGAAGGCAAAAAAUUUAUGACGUAGAAGCAUAAAGAUAGGUAUUUUGAAUUAAAAAAGAAAAUCCAACAAUCUAAAGUAUUAAAUGACAAGGCAGUUUUGAAUGAGGAAAGGUAAAAUACUGAUGCUUAAUAUGAUAAAAAUCUAAGAAAAGGAAAAUAUCUUUAGAAAAAGGAGGCGGAAAAAUAAGAACUUCAAUUCAAAUAAAUAGAUGAGGACAAGGAUUACUUGAAUAGAAUGACAGUUAAACAUGAUGAGGAAUAAGAGAAAAAAAAGGAGUAUUUCGGGUGGGAUGUAUUUAAUGAGGAUGCUGUGUAUAAUGCUUAUAAAAAAAGAUGCACCACUUUGGCCAAGAAUGAAGGAAAGUAUAAGCAAUAAAUGGAAAGCAAUUAGGAAUUUGUGCCUACGAAUGAAGCUUUGGAGAGACUGAGUUCUGAUAUCACAAAAUAAUAGGAUAGGAGAAAAGAGUUCUCAAGGAGAAGAAGAUUCAAUGAAGAUCAACCAGUGACUUACAUCAAUGAGAGAAAUAGGAUCUUCAAUAAGAAGUUAGAGAGAUUCUUUGGAGAUUAUGCUGCAGACAUCAAAGCUAAUUUAGAAAGAGGAACUGCAUCUUGA